UCUGCGGUAAAACCCCACGAUAAUAUACUAGUACUACACCCAUCUCCUCCUACACAAUUGAGCAAAAUUUUUCACCCAUCAGUGAAAUGAUUACGACGCAGCGUUGGUCCUCUGGCUCUGUUGUAGAUGCAUCAAGUCGAUGGAAAAAUUUAUGAAGUCCGCCUGCCGGUAGAUGUAGCUUUCAUCAUGCAUGCAAUGAGAAUGUAACUGUUUCAAAGCAAUUGACAUAUUUGCAAUUAAUUAUAUCAACACACAGCAACCGAAUUGCCUGUUGACGUUUGAACAGGAACUAUCAUAUGUUCACACUGUUGAUAAUAUAAACCGACGAUUGUCACGAUAUCUGUACAAAUUCUUUGCACAAUAUUCUUCGUUAUCAUUCGCAUCUAAAUCUGCCGUGUAGUCGCCGUCUCGCCGAGUGUGAGAGGCAGCAAGUGCAAAGCUAUUAGGUAGCCUUAUUUUGUCUUAGGGUAACAAAACACGGGUUAUCUCAACAGGGUAUUUAUUCUAUCUUUAUUCUAAUACCCUGAAGUCGUGUCGAUCGAUUUAAAACGACAGAAGCGUAGAUUGGAAGUCCACCGAAUCAAUGCCAAUGCCGUUGAAGAAGUUGUAACGACGACAACCUCAGUUCGCUUGGGUAAGAUUAUUGGUUCGAAAUUUCUUGAACGCAGGAUGUUGACAACAGAACAGAACAGAGCCUAUGUCGUAGCGGCAGCCUUUAUUUUCCUCAGCCUAAUGGCAUUUGGUAAAGUGGAAACAACAGAUGGUUCGCCAGUGAAUUCCUCGGUCAGUGAUCAAGAGGAACUUCCAUGGGAUAUUUCAACGGACAACGUCGCCGCGUAUAGUGUUUUAUCGACGUUCGAUCUCGAGUCUUUGGUGAAGGGACAGUCGGGAACAUUAUCGUCGAGACGAAAAAGAGCGACGAAGAUGAAUAAUCCUGUAUUUAAACCGGUCACAUCAUCGGACAUCAGGAAACUACCGUAUCAUGCUGCUGUUCAUAUUUCUGCGCAAUGCAGUGGGAUAUUGAUAAGCGAAAGCCAUGUACUAACUGCAGCGCAUUGUUUGCAUGACGGAAAGAAAUUUCUCAUCAAACCAUCGAAGCUCAGAAUUGGGCUACCAAGAGCAUCGGGCCAUUUUGCUUGGAAAAAAGUCAGCUCACAGGUUUACAUCCCCAGAGCAUGGAGGAGGUGCAAAUACAGAAAGAGCUGCUCACUGGAUACGGACUUUGCAGUGUUGAAAAUGAGACAUUUACACGGACAAAAAUACCUGACUCCGAAAGCAAGCAGGGAUCGAGUGAGUUCAACGAUCAAAUUUAAUGCCUAUCCAGGACUCAAGGGAGGAGAAUUGUGGCAUUCUUCCUGUGCUGUUGAAACUCACAGCAAGGGAAAGUUACUCAUAAGUCGAUGCUUUGUAUCAAAAGGCAGUUCUGGAGCUGGCGUCUACGAGUCACUUGGUUUUGGAGAAUACGCGGUCACGGGCGUAGUCAGCGCCAUUUUAAAAUUCCCCCGGAGAGGCAAAUUUGCCAUUACAAAUAAACUGACACCAGCUAAAGUGAAGAAAAUAUGCCGUUGGGUAGGAAGGAAGGACUGUUAAUGAAAUAAAUGUGGAGAGUGAGACAUAAUUUUCAUGCAGUAACGUAUAGAAUGUAAUGUUCAGUCAUAUAAAUUAUAGUUGAACUGGCAUUAUAAAAUAGUAUAACUCACUCGGCUGUUUCGUCGACAUUGCGACUGCACUGAAAUUUUAAUAAACGAAAACUAGACAAAAAUCGAGUUUGUCGAUCUCUUGUGUACCUACAGUCCGUUUAAAAAAGCCCUGAUAUCGAAAUAUCAAUACCAUUCGACAGGGCAUUUACUUUUUAUGGUAAAACACGUAAUUGGCCAUCCCCAAAAAGGUGAUGUUUUGCAGCCAGUGUUUUGAACGCCAGGCGCUAAAAAGUAAACAUUUUCGUUUUCAAAUUUCACAAUAUAAGAUGAUUUGCCUACCAUCUUUCCCGUCAUUCUAAGUAAAGCAUGCUAGGGCCGGUUGUUCGAAAGGCGUUAAGCCUAAAUGGUGGAUAAGCCAAAGUUUCGUUGCGAAAUAUUGAAAAUUGUGAAAAAUACCGUCGUGUUGGCAAUAGCAAGUUUAAGAUGCACCAAAUCUACGACGCGGACGUGACAUGACAUGAAAACAGCCGCUAGUGUUAGGAACCCAUGCAGUUUUAAUUUGUUUACAUAUACUUUUUUCACAAAAAGAGAAACAUUUAUUCUAUUUAUAUCCCUGGAAAUUAAUAACGGCGGUAUUACUUCACGUCCGCGUCGUAGAUUUAGUGCAUCUUUAACCAGUGGCAUAGCCAGCCUGACGAUUUUGUCCCGCUAUGUAAAUU